GUUGGCCGACACACCGAAAAUUAUGCAUGCUUUAUUUGAUCUCAAAAAUAACCGCAAAUAUUCGUCUAUGUGUUUUCAGUUCCACUGACACGGGCUUUAUUGUUUCUGGCUUCAAACUGGGUGUUAAACAGACUGAGAGAUUCUACUUGGAAUUGACGGCUCUAUAAUAACCAUGGGAGUGACACUGGAGCGAGUACAAAACAAAUUUGCCUGUAUAAUUGGAGAACUCUGCAGUGAGCCUGUCAUCUUGUCACAGUUCGCAAUAUGGGUGGACCUGAGGAUAGCAGAGUACAAGGCUAAAGGAGCUAUAUCAUUAGAUUGCUCAGGAGAAGACCCAGAGCCAGGGUGGUUAAAUGGUCACAGACUGCAUCGAAAAAAUGAGUCACGGGACAGAAUGGUGGCGAGAACGCCUGUGCGGAAGUCCUUGUCACGACCGAUGGGUCAUCCUUCCUCCAUGCACUCGUCACCUGUGUCUCUGUAUGACCAGUCCCCAGCCAGCAGCCAGGUAGAUUCAGAUCAGGGCUUUUUAGGGGAAACCCGCCUCUCACCAAAUUUAAUGGUCAUCAAAGACGAACCCACUGACGGGACGGCAAGCACAGGUGUUUAUCCCACCGGCAUUCACGCCCAUGGGGCAGUGACGCCAACACGCAAAAGGCCAGCGUCAGAAACAGUGUCUCAGGCAGACAGCAGUUUUUAUGAGCAACAGAACACCUCAGUACAUUCCCCGUCAAAAGUUCAAAGACUCUCGUCAACAGGUGAAAGUCCUCACCCAGGUGACACAACAUCAAAUCAAAGCCUCAUGUCCAUAAUAAGUGGUGAGAUCGACGAAGGAAACCAGACCGCAGGAAACCUGAACGAUCGGGAUAUUGACAUUAUUCUGGACUAUGAGAGCAAAAACACAUUUCCAGCUCAAAGAGAAGAUAACUCUGUCAGUGCAGCAUCCCGAUUACCAGAAGCAUCAUCCAGUUCCACGGCAGACAUCGGUGAUACAUUUAGUCAGGAGGGUAGCAGCAAUACAGUUGCUGGAUCUGGAAAUUUGUCGGGUGGUGCCUAUGAUGCAGUUGUGAGUAGUGACUCGAUGCCAACAGCAGCAACAAGCGGGGAAGACAACAGCGUGCUACAGGCUGUCUGUAACUCCGGACUGCUAGGCGAGAUCAAAAGGGGUAUCAAAGCACGAAUGGCCAGCAUAGGAGAAGAUUCGCGUGUUCUGUCCAAUACUCGGGACAUUAUUGCAGCUGCUGGCACCCUUGAGUGUUGGCUUGUCACUGCUAAAGGAGACCGUAGACAGGUGGAGACCAUUCCUCCUGAGGAGCUGGACUUAUAUCUUGUGGAGUUUUUCUCCCUGCUAAAAAGACGCGAUGGCAGAGACUAUGAUCCAAGAGCGUUUGUUAAUUUUCGCUCGGCGAUGGAUUAUUUCUUGGCGCAUAAAAAUUAUCCAGUCUCCAUCAGACGCUCAGAGCUCUUCCGGAAUAGUCAAUGGGCCUUCAAGAUGAGACGCAAAGGCCUUGUUCAGGGUCACAAACACAUGUAGAUAUAAAUUUCUGCAGGGUGCAGACAAAACGCAAGAUGUUUUAAAGUAUCACAUGCACAGGUGCACGACAAAAUAGAAAAUUGUUUGUAGUUGCAAGAGGUGCAAAAGAAGGCUUGACAUAUUUAUUUCUGUAUGAUGCGGACUGUGUUCUCUCUUGGGAUAAGUACAGUAUUUGUAACUUGUAGGUUCAAAAGACAGUAUUGAAUUGACAUACAGGUACCUGUAGAUUUGGUAUAUGGAAAUGUUUCUGCUCCUAUACAAAAAAAAAACAAACUUUGAUGCGAUUGGUGUUUUACGCCGUGCUCAAGAAUAUUUCACUUACAUGACAACGGCCAGGAUUAUGGUGGGAGGAAACCCGGUAGAGCCCAGGGGAAACCCACAACCAUCUGCAGGUUGCCGACAGACCAAAAAAACCUUUGAUAGACAAGUGAGACAUUCCUCACCAGGUAGUUGCAUCCUGGGUAGUAUUCACAGACUACAUGUUUGUAUUUGAAUGUGUACACAUUGUAUGUAUAAUUGCAUUUUAGACCAAAUGGAGAUACCUGUGGAGAGAGAAAUGUUUCACAGGUUAAUCACUUCAAACUAGAUUUACAGGUGCACACUAAAAAUCUGGUGCUGGGUACAACUUCACUAAGACAUGAAUAUCUCCUGUAUACAAAGAAACGGCGGCCAGCAUUAUGGUGGGUGGAAACCGGGCAGAGCCCGGGGGAAACCCACGACCAUCCGCAGGUUUUUGACAGACCUUCUCACAUACGGCCGGAGAAGAAGCCUGCAUGAGCUGGACUUGAACUCACAGCGACCGCAUUGGUGAGAGACUCCUGGGUCAUUAACUGAGCCACGGAGGCCCCUAGUUGUUUGAGGUUUUCAGUUUAUGCGUGCAUAGGGCCUACAGUCUGAAAUUUAUUCACAUAUUUAUUUAUUUGAUUGGUGUUUUACCCCAUACUCAAGGAUAUUUCACUAAUGUGACCAGCAUUAUGGUGGGGAGGGAAUCUGGCAGAGCCUGGAAGAAACCCAUGGCCAACCGACGAGAGGAAGCCAGCAUGACCUGGACAUUCAGAACUGAUUUGUAUAGAUAGAUUUAUAUGCAUGUGCUUGUACAGGAAUUGAUGAUGAUAGUAUCUUCGCAUGGCCUUCAGACAGUAUAGAAUUUGUGCAGUGUCAGUUCUGGGAAGGAAAAAGAAUCGAAAAACUGGGCUAAUAAGUCAUUUCCUUCUAUUAUUGUUUUGUAUCCUCUUUGUGAUGCUUUGACAAUAAAUUUUAUUUAUUGUAGGUAUGAAUAGUGUGUAUUACUUUAUCUGACAUUAAGCAUUGAUAUUUGCUGGUGUUGGGCAUGUUAAAAUGAUUUAUGUCAUGAAUCAUAAGGUAUCCGUUUGCAUAGUGAUCAAAUAAAAUAGGGACACUUUUUUUAGUCAACAUAUCAUGAUUGUGAAAGAAUCUUGUACAAAUUUCCAACAUGUCCUAUACAGCCGACUGUGGAUGCAUUUUUUAAAAUAUGUGUGAAGGUACUUGCACGUGGAAGUAAUAAAUAAGUCAAAAUGACUGUCAUCCUUUGUGCGUUGAUUCAGAACUUUCGAAGUCUUCCAAUGUGGAAUGGGACUAAAGUUUAAAACAAGCUGCUUUUAUAGGGCAUUACUAUUUUUUUUCAUUUUAAGUGGAUGAACAACUUGAGAGAAACAUUGAAUCGUGGUACAAUCAAAAAAGGUUAUCAAUAAACAGGUUCAUUUGUGUUUUUUCUUCUUCUGUCAUUGACUUUGGAGAGAAUAGAAAGGGCGGAUGUUUUCGUUCUGGUAUAUUGUACAACAUUCGCACUUUGCAGUAUGCCGCUUCACCAGACUUCUUUGUUACAAAGCCCUUGACUUGUCUUUUCAUUUAUUAAAUCAUUAUGUAUCUUGUGUCAAGCUAACAUGAGUUUUGCCGGAACAGGUCUUGACAUCUGUUGGUUUACGUUCUGCCCCAUACAGAACCUGGUCUGAAUGUGUCAGAAGAUACGGUACAUAUAUUUAGUUAAUCAAACAUAUAAUGGCUGCAUGGAAAGAAGGAAACGGGUAUUAGUCAGUGCAUGUCAUUAGAUCUCCAGCCAGUGGUUGCGGUUUUCUCUGUUUCGACAUCUGG